AUGACUUCGCCAGCACAUAAAGAAAAAGAUGUGUUUAUCGAUAUCGCAGAUGAGAUUGUUGCCACGUCGCAAGACUUGCUCAAAACCAAACAUGGAGCACGAGAAAAGUUAUUGGCGUUGUCAGAGCAAUUAAAAUAUUCAGUAGAGAUCCAACCCACAAGAUUCGUCUGUAUACAGAUCGCCAUUGACCUCAACGUUUUCGGAAUCCUGGCCGAGAACGCAACUACUUCUGUCAGUCUUUCACAAAUUGUGGAACAGACAGGCAAAGAUGCCACGCUUCUAUCUCGAAUACUGAAGCAUCUUGCCGCAACAGGCGUGAUUGCCGAGAACGGCGCAAACCAGUAUUCAGCCACCGCAUUCAGUAGCGCAUUAGUGGAGCCCAAGUACCGCGAUGGUAUACACUUCAACCUCGCCGUCGCAGCGCCCGCAAUCCACAGUAUUCCUCAGUACUUAGCGCAGAUCAACUUCGAGCACCCAAACAACAUUGCAGACGGACCAUUCCAACUUGGGCAUAACACGCAGAAGCCACUCUUCGGCUGGCUUAAAGAGAAUCCGGAGCGAGCGCGACAAUUCAAUAACUACAUGAAUGGAUAUCGGCAGGGCAAAAAGAGCUGGUGUGAUGCGGAUUUUUACCCGGUAGAGACGCGCUUGAACGCCGAGUCCAAUCCAUCGUCGAUCGCAAUCGUGGACGUAGGAGGUGGCUUUGGUCAUGAUCUCGAAGAGCUGAAGUCGAAGCAUCCGACGCUUUCAGGAAAGCUUGUCCUGCAGGAUUUGCCCCCGAUGUGA